AUGGAUUUUGUAAUGAAGCAAGCACUGGGAGGGGCCACCAAAGACAUGGGUAAAAUGUUAGGUGGAGAGGAAGAAAAAGACCCAGAUGCCCAGAAAAAGGAAGAGGAGAGACAGGAGGCACUGAGGCAACAGGAGGAGGAGAGGAAGGCCAAACACACUCGCAUGGAGGCAGAGAGAGAAAAGGUCCGACAGAGCAUCAGAGAUAAGUAUGGACUAAAGAAAAAAGAGGAGAAGGAGGCUGAGGAGAAGGCAGCAAUGGAGCAAGCCUGUGAGGGCUCGCUAACUCGCCCGAAAAAGGCCAUCCCAGCAGGCUGUGGGGAUGACGAGGACGAGGAUGAAGAAAGCAUUUUAGACACGGUGCUGAAAUUUUUGCCCGGACCUCUCCAGGACAUGUUUAAAAAGUAAAAGACAUUGUACUUUGUCCAUGGGCUGGCGGGAGGUUGAAUAAUGAAGGGAAAGAAGAUGUGUAGUUUAAGAACAGGGAUAGUGGGACUCUUGGUAAACUGUGGAAGGCUUUUCACUGCCUUUAUGAAGUCUUUAUGAAGUGGUGUUUUUUAUUGAUAACAACAACCCAUUUCCCUACAAUGUUCAGUUCUGUCACUGCCAUUCAGGUUAAAAGAGUUUAUACUUUUACUGUUUGUUAUCUUAUAUGCACAAUCGUGGCCUCAGCAAAUUGUGGGUCAUUGACACUCAAACUAAAAAAAAAAAAAAAAAAAGGAAAACAUUCCAUGCAGGUCACACUAUUCAAAUCUGGCACUGGGAUGAGGUGUGUUUGCAUCUUUUUCCCCUGAUACUUGUAAUUUUUUGUGGUUUUGUGGGAGCAAUUCAAA